AUGUCCAGCCAGGAGAGUUCUGGGGCACUGCUUUCUACAACAACAGUCAGUUCUGUCGCUGUGCAGGCUGGGGACUCCAGGAUUGUCAUAGCUAUCUUGAAGUGUGGCAAAUGGGUACAACUCCAGCUGGCUGAAUCCUGUCCCAAUCUUCUGGAAAUUGGCAGCAGCCAAGAUGAGACCAAGAAGCUGCUUGAGGAUCAUGAACUCCUCCUGGCCAAACUCAAGGCUUUGGAAGAUCGGGUGUGGGACCUAUUACAAGAGGCAGACAAGGCGGCAGAAGAAAACAAGGACCAGAGUCAAGUCUAUGAGGCCAUGGCUGAGACUCUAGGUGAUGCCUGGGCAGCCCUGGUCACUAUCCUGGAGAGGAGAAGAGAGCUCCUGAAACUGACUUCAGAAUUUUUUGAAAAUGCCCUAGAGUUUGCUAUGAAAAUAGACCAAGCUGAAGACUUUCUGCAGAACACUCAAGAGUUUGAGAAUGCUGAAUCCUUAAAAUUGCUUCUUCAACUCCAUGAACACCAUUCUAAAGAACUCUUAGGACGAUCCCUAACCCUCCUAAACAAAAGUCAACAACUGACUGAAUUCAUAGAAAAAUUCAAAUGUGAUGGACCUAAUGUGAACUCUGAGCUGAUUCAGGGAGCUCAUAGCAGCUGCUUAAAGAUUGACAGCCUUCUUGAAUUGCUACAAGACAGAAGAAGGCAGUUGGACAAGUAUCUGAAACAGCAACGCCAAGAGCUGGAGCAGGUGCUGCAGAUUUGUCAGUGGGACCAAGAGGAAAACCAGGUAACCUCUUGGUUUCAGAAAACCAUAAAAGAUUUACAGAAGCAGCACCUAGGUUCAUCACUGUCAGAAAAUGAAGAAUUAAUUCACAAGCAUAAGGAACUAGCAUUAAAAGCAAAGGAAUGGAAUUCUGCUGUUGACAAACUGAAGAGUGAAGCCCUCAGGAUCCUGCUGACAGAAGACUACAUGGAGAAAGAACACCUCCAGCUUUCAAACCAGAAGCUGAAUCAGCUUCAAGAACAGUUUGCUCAACUCAUGGAGGAAAGGAAUACAUUCUUACAAGAGGCGAAUGAUUUUUUUAACAGUGUUAACAAGGCAUUUGAUAUACUUGGAAGAGUUGAGGCUUGCCUUAAGCUCCUUAAAUCAGAGGGUUUAAGCCUGCCUGUCUUGGCAGCGAGGCAUGAGGAAUUACAUAGAGAAAUUAAAGACUGCACGGAAGAUGCUUUGCAAAAGGGACAAGCCUUAAUCAGCCAAGGAGAUUCCUGCAGCUCUCGGAUGGCUGGCAUUCAUGAAAUGAUGGGAUGCAUUCAGAGAAGAGUGGAUCAACUAGCCCAGCAGUGUUCUGCUCAUAAGGAACUUGCUCUUAGGAAACAGCAAUUAACUGCCUCAAUGGAGGGAUACCUAAGGAAGGCAACAUUGUCAGUUCAGAAAAUCAGUCCAAUACUUUCAAGUAGUAUGGAUCUUGGCUCUUGUCUUUCUGAUUCAGAACAAAUUUUGAGCAAAUAUCUGGAACUGGAUAGUCAAGCUAAGGAGACAUCACAUGAAUUAGAAGCAGCUGUAAAAAUCAUGAAAGAGGAGGACACAGUUGAGGCUUGUGAGGAAGUAUCCCUGUUCACAAAAGCUGCAUUAAUAAAGGAUGAACUGGCUGUGCUUAUCAGAAACAUCACCUCCAAGGUGCAAGUCCUCCAAACCUAUGUGGCAUUUCUGAAGUCAUCAGAGAAGGUAGAGGAACUAAGUAGGAGCUUAAAAAAGUUUUUCAAAACUGAGGUGACUCAACAGGAAAAAGGAGAAGCUCAAUUCCUGUCUUGUGUGGAGUCUCCCGAUACCCAGUGGCAAUUGUUUUUAAAGGAGAGUUUUGCAGCUCAGGACCUGGGGCUGGAGUUUCUUAAUUUAAUAAAUAUGGCAAAUGAGGACAUCAUAUUAAAGGCAAAAAAUGUUAUUCAUGUUACUGAGAACAUGAUAGAAAAUCAAAAUGCAGAAAGGGAGGAACUCAAGAAUCUCUGGACUGAAUGGCAGCUUCAUAUGAAUCAAGAUAAGUCAGUUAAACAGCAGUGGGGAGCCUUUAAAGAACAGCUGAAAAAGACAACUCAGAACUUAAAACUUCUUCAGGAAGCGCUUAUGCCUGUGUCCGCACUUAACCUUGGAGGCAGCCUUCACAGUCUCUUACAUCUACAAAAAAAAUGGAACCAAAUGAAACCUCAGUUUCAGCAACUGGAUGCUGAGAUCUGGUACCUUCUAAAAAUAUUUGAAGUGUUAAACCUCAAAGGAGCACCUAUAAAGGAGAAGACUCAGCAGUUAAAGGACCUCACUCAACUUCAUCAGAAGCAGAAAGAGAGACUCAAAGAUUAUGAGAACAUACUCUCUAAAGCAGUCAGAUUCCAUGGUGUCAAGGAAGAACUGGAAAGUCUCACCAAAUCAGGAGAACUGGAGUUUCUUGAGUCGAUUCUUGAAUGGGAUGACACUUUCGAUGUUAAAGUUCACCUUCGUCGUUCUCAAGAAAAGCAGGCACAUAUAGAACAUCUUUAUAAACUUGUGCUUUCCUCAGGAAUGGACAUCAUUUCAGCAGUGCAGCAACCUACCUGCUUUAAUGUUUCUGCGAAGACUCUCCAGCAGCAGCUCGAAAUACUUCAAGGUGACAGUAUGGUCUGGCAAGCUAAAGCUGAUAAGUAUGAGGAGGAGUUGACCCGCAUCUCACAGUACUGCACGACUAGAGAAGAGAUAAACGAGCAUAGAGAAUCAUUUAAAGAUAUUAAAAAGAAAUUUAACAAUUUGAAAUUUAACUAUUCCAAGAAAACAGAAAAGGCUCGCAAUUUGAAAGCUCUCAAAAACCAAAUUCAACAGGUGGAUGCUUAUGCUGAAAAAAUUCAGAUCCUAAAGAAAAAAAUGGAAAAUGUUGAGAUUAAAAUGUCUGAUUCUUUAUUAAAUUAUCCAACCAACAAAGUAACAAUCCUCUUGGAAUCAAUAAGAGACUUGAAGAAACAAGUAGAUGAAUUUGGUAGAGUUGUUGAAGAUUACAAGAAGAAUUUGGAUCUGAUUGAGCAUCUUCAAGAGACAAUGGAAGAGUGUCAAUUUUGGUGUGAAGAAGCAAGUGCUACAGUUGUUAGAGUUGGGAAGUACUCCACCGAGUGCAAGACAAAGGAGGCCAUAGAAAUUCUUCAUAAGCAAUUCAAUAAGUUUAUUGUGCCUACCGUGCCCCAGCAAGAAGAGAGGAUUCAGGAGAUCACUGCUCUUGCUAAACGCUUAUAUGGUGAGAUCUCUUUUAAGUCCUCUGGUGAUGAGAGCAUCUAUGGCCAACAGGAUUAUUCUGAGGAACAAGAACCAGAGGCAGCUAUUUCAAUUCACAGAAAAGCAGAGGAGGACCAGUUUCCCCAGGAGGCAUCAUGUUCAGCCAAAGAGGAUUCCCUACAGCCUCUGCUCCUCUCUGAAGAAGGGCCCUCAGGAGAUGAAUCUGAUUGUGCCUCCCCAGAUGAUAUCUCCUUACCUCCACUUCCAGGAAGCCCUGAAUCAAACCUCUUGCAAUCUGAAAUGGAAUUUGAGGAGCUGCCCAUCCAGGAUGCUCAGAACUUGCACAUCAGCUCCUACAACCUACAAAUGAAGAUCAAUGCUAGGGAUCCAAAAGAGACCCACAAAGCAGGUCCAUCAGCACCUGUCACUUUUAUUUCUAAUUGCUGGGGAGAAGCAGCUUCAAGCCCAGAUGAGAGGCCUUUAUCUCUUGCCCCAGGACACUGCCCCAAAUUCAAAGCUGAUGCCCCUUUAACUGCCCUGGAAUUCCUGGAAACGGAACCUACCUUCAGAAAAAUCAGUGCUAGACCUCCAGAGAGCAUGACAAGUAAAGUGCAUGAAAUGUGUUUGCAACAGUGCCAUCAAGUUCACAAAAGCACGCUCGAAACCCAGGAGCAAUUGCAUGAUAAUAAUAACUUUACUAAAACCCAGGAUAGACUGCAUGCUAACCCUGACGCAUUCCCAGGUCUCCUGUUUCAGUCAGACACCAUCAGAAGCUCCCAGGUCACCCGAGAAGAGAUUAAAAGUACAUCAGAAAAGAACAGCCGGGUCAGCCUAGCUGGUCAGGCGCCUAACUUCUCCAGGCUCCUGUCUAAUGUCACAGUCAUGGAAGGUUCUCCAGUGACUUUGGAAGUUGAAGUAACAGGAUUUCCAGAGCCUACUUUGACCUGGUACAAGAAGGGCCAGAAAUUGACAGCAGAUGGGCACUUAAAGGUUUUACACAAGGAGACAAAGCACACUGUGUUCAUUCAGAAGGUGUGUGAGACAGAUGCAGGCCUCUAUGUUGCUCGGGCCCAAAACACUAGUGGCACUCUCUCUUCCAGUGCCAUUCUCUACGUGACAGGUAACAUCGGGCCACCAAUCACGAGAAUAGACUGGAUAACGCUGUGUGUCAUCUAUAUUAGUGUUUCACUAAUGUAUUGGCUACUCACAUAG